AAUAUAAUCUGUUGUAUACUUUACCGUGGCUGUCACCGAUGGUGGUGCCGUAUGUCUCCGAGUUUUAUUUUUAAUUAUUUUCUUGAAGUCAUGUUAAUUUAACCACUAAUGAAAACAUGUCACUCAGAGAGAAUUUAAGAGAUCUAGGCUGGCAUCUAAGUGAAGAAGGUUUAGAUAUUGUUAGUGAAAACGGUCAAAUACAGGAUGUAAAUAUUCUAACGAAGAAAGCAUUAGACUAUGAUUUAAGAGAUGUAGGCGAUGCCGCGCUUCCUGAAGACUUUACUAAGGACCCAACGAAAUUGGAGAAGCCAGUAAUACUUCAAAUUCAGAAAAUUAGGAAUGUGUCAGCACCAAAGGCAAAUGAGGAGUCGACAUCAGCGCCUCGAAUGCUAAAGCUGACUCUACAUGAUGGGAAGACGACAUGCACUGGCCUAGAAACAAGUCCUAUACCCAGUUUAAGUAUUAAUACACCUCCGGGAACUAAGCUGCUGCUGCAAAAUGAGGGCCUUGAGGUGUGUCACGGAGUGGUGUGGCUGGUUCCUAAUGUGAUAACUGUGUUGGGUGGCAGAGUGUCGCAUAUGAUAGAGAAAUGGGAACUGAACAGGAGUUUAGCUAAGCAUACUAGAGGUGGUAUUGGAGCUGAUGGUGGCCCACCACCAUGGAUCCCAUUUGGACAGAGACUGGAGGCUCUCAUGCUGGACAAGCAGUUCAAGAGCUUGCAAGAAGCAGCCAAGCAGGAUAAUGCAGAGUUUGAAGCGCAAAGGAAAGGGGCGAUAGCAGAGGCACAGAGACUGUCCGGUGUAAAAAAAGUAUUUGGUGGGGGCACGAAACCUCUUUUAGAUGCAAAUGUACAGAAGAUAGUGGAUGCAGGGUUUUCAGAAGAACAGGCUGAAAAUGCUCUUAAGUAUACAAAGAAUAAUGUUGAUAGGGCUCUUAAAAUACUACAAAAGAGAGAUAAUUCAGAAAAUAGAAAUAAAGAGAAACAACAAAAAGAUCCAGAGCCGCCUAAACGUAAGGGACGGAAUAAAGAAGUCAAUGAUGACGACAUUCCAGUCAAACCAUCAGGAAAAGUGUCCUUAUUUGACUUCUUAGAAGAUAAGCUGCCUAAUGUACCCGAUAAAGAUAAAAAUAAUCGCCAGAACAGUACCUCACAAGAGGAUAGGAAUGAUAGGAAUAAUUCUAAUUUUAGGGACAGAAAUAGUGCCAAAAGCAACCCUCGUAACCAAGGAUCUAGAUACGAAGGUCCUAAUAGGCAGAGAUUCGAUGGCAGAGGACAUUAUUCUCAUGACCACCCACACAGAGACGAUAGGAAGUACCAGACACAGAGUGAAAAACCGCCCAGGUUCCAGAGGAAAUUAGAGGAGAAAAACAAGCAGCAGCAACAAUACCAGAACCAGCACCAGUUUCAGCAGAACAGCAUGAACAACAUGAACAUGCACUACAACAACAAUAAUUCAUAUCACACGCUACCGCCGCCACCGCAGAGCCACUACAACGAUAAGAACACCAGAAGCGACAGGAACUUUAAUGAAAGUAAAGGGAACCAACAUCAAAAUUACCGAAACUCUUCAAAUACCAUGGAAAGUUUAGUAGAAGCAACAGCGAACUUGAACUUAUUAGCGAACCAGCGAGCGGUUGAAGAGCUCCAACAGCCUCGCAAUUACCCGACGCUGGAUCAAGUCUAUGCUAAACAAGCGGCCUUUGUCGCCGCCCAGAAUGUUCAGGAUGUUGCGCAGUCGUUCCGGAGAGGUAGUGACAUUCAGAAGUAUCAGGAUCAGUCGUACCAGCGCCGGCAGCAGCCAAACGGUUACGUGGAAUCUCGUCAGAACCCUAUCUAUCCUAACGUGGCUAACGUGGCCAAUGUAGCCAAUGUAGCCAAUGUCGCUAAUGUAGCAAGUUACAUGGGUACUGCUGCCGUAGCGGCGGCGGCGGCGAGCAGCUACGCGAGCCGUCAGUACGCGGGCUACGGUGGGCGGCCGCAGGACUUCGCGGGAGUGCGCGGGGCUCCGUUCCUGACGAACUCGCUGCUGGGCUUCCAGAAUGCCGCCGUCAACGAGCAGGCCCGGGCUAUGCUUGGCGUCGCUGAUAUCAAUUGGAAGGUCGGAGAUCGUUGCCUCGCCCUUUAUUGGGAAGACAAUAAUUUCUACGAGGCGGAGAUCACCGGCAUAUCAGCCAACACAGUUGUAGUCAAGUUCUGUGCGUACGGCAACCACGAAGAGAUUCUCAAGACCAACUGCCUACCAUUCCCCAACCAAGUUAAAGGUUAGUCCCGCUGCAGUCUAAGUAAGUCCAUUCGUGAUAGCGAGACUAUCAUGGCCCUCGCCGUGUUUGGUGAGUAUCCGGUGAGUAUGCAGUAUGGCGGCUUGCAGGGUCGCUGGGCGAGGCGUACCUGUCGCGCGGCGUGUUCCGGCCCUAGUGGCGGGCGCGGGGCUCGCCACCGCCCCCACUGCGCCGCACGCCCGGCGCACGUCAUCAUGUUAUACUGUGUUAUAUGUUGCUCAGGAUCUACGAUUUCAAGCGGCUAUGUUACACAGAAUCGCGAUUCAAAUAUCUUAAAUGUAAAAUCGGAAGUAUUAUUUCAUUUUUCGAAAGAUCAGCCAUUUGUAAGAAGAAGAAACUCUGUUUUAGACUGUGUUUCUUAUCGCGAAAAAUAUCAAAGGUUUUAUUUUAUUCGCCUUUCUGAUGUAACAUAUAGUUUUGAGAUAUAUCGUGCACCAUACUGUAAGAAUUGGACUCUGAAGUUUGAAACUGUGAGCAUUUGCGACUUUUUGUUACGCGCUGUAAAUUACUUGUAAAAAUAUCUGCACUGCGUCCUAAUAGGAGUCGCGUUUGCAACGAAUUCGGUCGUGUAACACUAUACAUAUGUAAUAUACGAAGUCUACGUUUCCAAAAGAACUGGUUUCCUUCUGGUAUUCUAAAGCUUAAAUCACGUUUAUUAGUACCGAUUUUAUUCACAUUGUUGUUUUUGCUUUUAUAAAUAACUAACACGCAUAAUUAAUUUUCUUAUUUUAAAACGGUAAUAGGCGUAAAGAAACAAAUAAUUUCACGUAAUUUAUUUCGCAAUGCACGCAACACUUGUUUGACACGCGAUACACGUAACUAUAAUAAACAAUUAGUCAGAAUAAGAAUCGAUAUUAAUAACUGCGAUUUAAGCUUGCUUCGCUCACUCGAGUUCCCAGAGACGGUGAAAUGUUCAAGGGACUUUCCACCACUAUUUGACGUAAGACUUGUAGUAAAUGUGAAUGUGGGAUGGCGCUCCUCACCUUGUUUGUAGAGCACUGUCUCUCUUGUUUUACUGCAUCAGUACUUUAAGAGAUGGUGGAACCCUUAGCGCCAUCUAUCUAGUUCAGGGUGAGUGAAUGAAGUUGAUCGUUCCAAUCGAAGCAAUGAAAGAAUAUUCCAGGAGUAAAAGCUCACAGUCAUUGUUUUAAAAUACCUCUAAAAUGUAGUAUAAGUACGUGUUAAAUGUUCAUGUUCAUAAUAAAUUUCGUAUCACACGCGGAAGAUUGUGAGUCUUCAACUUUCUUCACUUAUUGUAAAAAGGGAUGAAGGGCCCAGGCGACGCUGCGUAGCUUCUGAUUGAAUACUUGUAAUAUUAGUGUACAAAGGAUUUGAAUAUCGUAAUAAUUAUGGAAUUAACGCAUUUAUUUGUUGUUUUUUCUUGAGGUCAAUUUUUUGUGCAAUAACUAGAAGUUAAAUAUGAUACAACGUGGAAUGUCAAAGGCGAGCUUAUUAAAAAAAAAAACAGUAUUUUUUUGGAAUAACUCUUAUAAAACAAAUUUGAUGGUAAAAAUAUUUAUGUCCGAAAUUAUAAAUAGUCGUUCUUAUAAAGCCAGAUGACGUCAUUCCACUUGUGCCCACACAGAUCUGAUUACGAAUCCUUCAUAGCUAUGAUUGAAGCUCAUGACCUUUGCCUGUACUAUGAAGCACUAGACUGUUGCAAGUGUGGAAGUAAGAUGGAGCGCUAUAUUAGCAUGUUUUUCGUUAUUACGACAUCAACUGUCAUAAAAGCUCAUAGAAGGCUUAUUGAAGUGCAAAGCAAAAUUAAUGGCAAAUAAGUAUUAUGUGUAACAACGAACCUUUUUUGUUACAAAAUAUGUAUGUAUGUGGUCAGUAUAUUUUGGAAAAUGUCGCAGCUAUGUUCUAAAUUAUAUUAUUUAUUGCCUACCUACAAAGCAUUUUUCUGUUUGUUUAAGGAUAUUUGGACCUAAGAAAACCUUAGUGUAUCUGGAAUUUUUAAUACAUAGAGAACAUCUAGCAUUUUUAUAAUAGACAAGUUUUUAUAUCUAUUUGUAUGUUGGAAUAAAAAUGCCCAAUUUUUCUGCUUGUUUAUCAGGUCCAGAUCCAUAAGAGUCCAGUUUUCGUUGGUCCAAAUAGUCUGUACAAUAUAUAAUUUAUCUUUGUCAAUUAAUUUAUAAGGGAAGCUACGCAGGUCGUUUUGUGUAUCUAGGUCUAAUUAAAACGAUUUAAAUGUUUAAUAUAUAGGUAAUAUAAAGAUGAAAGAUGUAACUCUCAUGCGUUAGCGUUAAUUUAUUGUCAGUCCGUAUGUAACCAACAGCAGUAGCGGUUGCUUGUAUAAGUGUAUUUUGUUGUAUUUUUAGCGCAAAAUAUUAUGUAAUAUAUUAUUAUUUCAGUUAAAGUAUUGUUUCAAUUAUAUUUGUGUUUUUUUUUAUCCGUGUCUAAAUAGUUAUAAAUAAUUGUACCUACGAAAUCACCUACCGUUUACUGCUUCAUAUUUAUAUUAAGUUAACAACAAUUGAGAAUGUAUCUAUAGUUUUUUUUUGUAUUCAUAUUGAUUUGUAUGCAAUCACUAAUAUUUUCACUUGCUACUUAUUUUGUUACAGAAUUUUCUAACUCAUUAGUAUUAGUUUGUGGGAGACUGUAGCAGGUGGGAAUGUAUUGUGAGAUCAAAUAGGUCAGCUGUGUGGCCCUGGGAGGUCAGACGUGUUCAGUAUCGACGUCUAUUCGAUAUCAUGUUAUAUUCCACGAGUUUAAGCACUGGUUUGUUGUACAUUUAAAGUUUCGCUUGAAAGUUUCCGCGCGAUCGAAUCUAAUCAUGUGAAAAGCAUUGCCUUAGGUUUCGUUUAGUUUCAAAGAUUUGUGUAAGACGGGUAUUUUUUGGUCAUAUAUAGUUUUUAAUUGUAGAUAAUGAUCAUCCACUAAAUACUCACCGAGGAAUUAAUUACAGCGAUUUGAUGGCUCUCACAGAUCAUCACUAGGUAAUAGUUAUUUAGCGGGUGCAGCCUAACACUUCGCGAACGGCCUUUUGUUCCUAUCUUUUAACUUUAAUAGAUAAGUAGGAUGUAAAUCUAUAUUACAUGAUUAUAUUUGAUCGCGCGGUAUCUAUUUCUCUUGAGUUUUUAAUAUAAAACUAUUUACUAUCUGAUUUUAAUGUCGGUAUAUGAUUUCAUGUAAACCAAAGCUCAAUUACAUCUAGUUGGUAGUAGACGCAGUGUGCUCAUAUUGAUGUAAAACAGCGUUGAUUACAUUUGUACCACUUUUUCUGUUGAGUUGAGGUGAACGUUUAUUAACAAAAAGCUAAUAAAUGAAACUGUGACAC